AUGGAUUCAUCAAACAUCAAGCUGCUAUCCACAACAAAAGUCAUCCUGGCAUCAGGACCAGACUGGAAAUUGUGGAUAAAUCAGAUCAAAACACACGCCGAAAGCUUACGUGUCUGGCAGUAUAUCGACCCUGAUGCUACCACUCGUCUUCCUGCAAAGGCCGCACCUAUUGAGCCUACUAUUCGAAUGGCCAUGACAAAUGCUAGCGCCACGGGAAAUGAACCAGACAUCACCGAGCUCAGCGAUGAGCAAUACAAGAAGUACGACAGGCUGGUCAAGAAGUACGCCAUGGAGGAAAAGGCCUACGAAAAACACGUAACGGCCCUGUUCUCUGUGCAAACGCGAAUCAGCGAAUCUGUAGUAGUAGCACUGCAGCACUACUACGUGGGCAAGCCCGUAUCCGAGUGGCUAGCUAUCCUCAAAGCAGCCAUAGCACCAUCAGACCAGAACAGCAAGCUACGAAUUGCCGCCAACUACAACCGGCUACUAUCGCCACCAAGAAACCAGAACGUUGACAUUUGGAUGGCCAACUUCCUCCUAGCAUACAAUGCUGCGAAGGAAGAGAACCUACCUGAUGUUGCAGGCGAUCGAGCAGUGCACAACUUCCUGCACGUGAUCUCAACACUACAACCCGAAUUUACGACGUACUGGAAACAAAAGGUGCAGAAUGCACUAGUCAAAGGCAAACCGCUGCCAACCGUCGAACAGCUGCACGGUGCCCUACGGAACGAUCGCGACCAGAACGCUAUUCAGCAAGGAAAAGC